CGCCGCCGCCGCCGCCGCCGCCGCCAUGAACAUCCGCAACGCGCGGCCCGAGGACUUGAUGAACAUGCAACACUGCAACCUCCUCUGCCUGCCAGAGAACUACCAGAUGAAAUACUACUUCUAUCACGGACUCUCCUGGCCACAGCUCUCCUACAUUGCGGAGGAUGAGAACGGCAAGAUCGUGGGUUAUGUCCUGGCCAAAAUGGAAGAAGACCCUGACGAUGUCCCCCACGGGCACAUCACAUCCCUGGCGGUCAAACGCUCCCACCGACGACUGGGUCUGGCUCAAAAGCUGAUGGACCAGGCCUCGCGGGCCAUGAUUGAGAACUUCAAUGCCAAGUAUGUCUCUUUGCAUGUGCGGAAGAGUAACCGGGCAGCUUUGCACCUCUAUUCCAACACCCUCAAUUUCCAGAUCAGCGAAGUGGAGCCAAAAUACUAUGCUGACGGGGAGGACGCUUAUGCUAUGAAGCGUGACUUGACGCAGAUGGCAGAGGAGCUGCGUAGACAAGUGGAGCUGAAGGAGAAGGGCAGGCAUUCCGUGCUGGGCUCCAUCGAGAACAAGGGCAGCGACCCCAAGGCCAACCACUCUGGCGAGUGCUGCCGGGAUGAAAAAUGCCCGGGCGCUGUGGUCGUUGGCGGGCCUGGGGCGGAGGACAGUGGGGACAGCAAGGACGUCAGCGAGGUCAGCGAGGCUACGGAGAGCACAGAUGUCAAGGACAGCUCGGAGGCCUCCGAUUCUGCCUCAUAGCAAGGGCUGCCGAGGAGCCAGCAGAGGGACUUGUAUUCAGCAGGCCUCACUCUGCAUUUGGCUAGCCGGUAGGGCCUUGCCAGGAGGAUUGGAAAUAAAGCGUACAGAACCGGAAA